AUCAGAGUGCAGAAUGCUGGGACAAGGCGGAAGUGUGUGGUAAAGACACAUUUCCCUCUCCAGUAGAAGCUCUGAAUCUGAGCUAAAAACAGAUAAAUUAGACAUUUAAAACCAUUUUACUUGAAUUUAUCUGGUUCUACAUUUUAUGUGAUGUCUUAGUUUGAUUCAAGAAGAAGUUUCGAAGUCGUACUAUUAUAUUACUUAGCUUUGUUAGCUUCGUUAGCUAGCCGGCCACAUUUUUUAACCGGCGUAACUUCCUGCUUUCUGAAAAUCGAGAUGGAGUUACAAGUGGGAACCGAACCAAUGUCCCUGGGCUCCCCCACCUCUCCAAAGCCGACCCCCGGAGCUCAGUUUCUACCCGGCUUCCUGAUGGGGGACCUUCCAGCUCCCACUACCCCCCAACCCCGACCUUUCACCCUGGGCACAUCCAUAAUGGAGAGCCCAGGUACGCCCCGAGGAGGCUGUGGAGGCGGCUCGGCCCCGCAGCCUGUUGUCCCGACGCCCAAAGACAAGAGUGGAGCCCCCCCUGUUCGCAGCAUCCAUGACGACCUGGUUACUCUGACGACGCCCCUCAAAACACACAGACAGGCUUUUCCAGUCAUGCAGUCUCCUCUGUCGUCCCGGGGGGGUUCAACUCCAGGUGUGCAGCUGUGUCUGUCUCCAGCUCAGGUGGAUCCGUUCUACAGUCAGGGAGAGUCUCUGUCGUCUGACGACCAGCUGGACCAGACCUGGAUCACUGUGUUCGGUUUUCCUCCUGCCUCAGCCUCCUACAUCCUGCUGCAGUUCGCUCAGUAUGGAAACAUCCUGAAACACACGAUGGCGUCUCCUGGUAACUGGAUGCACCUUCAGUAUCAGUCCAGCCUGCAGGCCAGGAAAGCUCUGUCCAAAGACGGGAAAGUGUUCGGAGAUGCCAUCAUGGUGGGAGUCAAACCCUGCAUAGACAAGAGUGUGAUGGACAGCAGUGCAGCUAUCUCCUCCCCCCUCUCCUCCUCCGCCCUCCCGUCCACUCCUCGCUCCGCCAUCAGGCCGCUCAGCGCCGGGUACAAGUGCAAGACGGCCGGCAGCGACUACCAGGUGUUAUCAGACAGACAGACGCCCAGGAAGGACGACAGCAUGGUUUCCAAAGCGAUGGAGUACAUGUUCGGCUGGUGACGACACUCAGUGCAUCAUGGGAUACCUGCUGCCUUCUAGGAAAGAUGAUUCACUACUGUGUGUGUGUGUGUGUGUGUGUGUGUGUGUGUGUGUGUGUGUGUGUGUGUGUGUGUGUGUGUGUGUGUGUGUGUGUGUGUGUGUGUGUGUGUGUGUGUGUGUGUGUGUGUGUGUGUGUGUGUGUGUGUGUGUGUGUGUGUGUGUGUGUGUGUGUGUGUGUGUGUGUGUGUGUGUGUGUGUGUGUGUGUGUGUGUGUCCUUUUAUAAUCAGUAUUUUUUAUGUUUUUUGCUCGAAUAAACAUUUUUCUCUG